AUGGAGAUGUGCGAGUACGCCUUUAACAUGAAGAAGGAUGAAGUCUGCGUGAAUCCUUAUCAUUACCAAAGAGUGGAAACCCCAGUGUUACCUCCAGUGCUGGUGCCUCGGCACACAGAGAUCCCAGCUGAGUUCCCGCCGUUAGAUGAUUAUAGUCAUUCUAUUCCAGAGAACACUAACUUCCCAGCAGGUAUCGAGCCACAGAGCAACUACAUUCCAGAGACACCUCCUCCAGGCUACUUGAGUGAGGAUGGAGAAACUAGUGACCACCAGAUGAACCCCAGCAUGGAUGCAGGUUCUCCAAACUUAUCACCAAACCCUAUGUCUCCAGCACACAAUAAUCUGGAUCUGCAGCCUGUUACCUACUGCGAGCCAGCUUUCUGGUGCUCGAUAUCCUACUACGAACUCAACCAGCGAGUGGGAGAGACUUUCCACGCCUCCCAGCCCUCUAUGACCGUGGAUGGUUUCACCGACCCAUCUAAUUCUGAACGCUUCUGCCUUGGUUUACUGUCCAACGUGAACAGAAACGCAGCAGUGGAACUCACAAGACGACACAUUGGAAGAGGAGUGAGGCUCUACUACAUUGGCGGCGAGGUGUUUGCCGAGUGCCUUAGUGACAGUGCCAUUUUUGUCCAGUCUCCCAACUGCAACCAACGCUACGGCUGGCACCCAGCAACAGUUUGCAAGAUUCCACCAGGAUGUAACUUGAAGAUCUUUAACAACCAGGAAUUCGCCGCUCUCUUGGCUCAGUCUGUAAACCAGGGCUUCGAAGCUGUGUACCAGCUGACCAGAAUGUGCACCAUUCGAAUGAGCUUUGUCAAGGGAUGGGGAGCAGAAUACAGGCGGCAGACUGUGACCAGUACUCCCUGCUGGAUUGAACUGCAUCUUAAUGGUCCUUUGCAGUGGCUGGACAAGGUCCUGACACAAAUGGGCUCCCCAAGCAUUCGUUGUUCCAGCGUCUCCUAAGGAAACAUCUCCUGGGGGUGGGUGGGGGGAACAAAGACUCUGGAAAAUGGAAUUGGCUUAACCCUUAGCAAAACGUGUAGUGCGUAGUAAACAAAUUCCCAGUUAUU